CAACAAUAUUUUUAAAUAAAGAAUAUAAAAAAAAAAUUUGAGUAUUGUCAAAAUUUGAGUUUCUUAUUUUGAAAUGAAUAAAAAUAAAUUUUUGGAUGAUGCAUUAGAGCAUGUUCGGCAAGCUGAAAAAGGUAUGAAAACUUCACUUUUGAAGUGGAGGCCCGAUUAUGAAGUUGCUGCAGAUGAAUACAGUAAAGCAGCUACAUGUUAUCGAAAUGCCAAGUCUUUUGAACAGAGUAAGGAUUGCUUGAUGAAAGCAGCAGAAUGUCAUAAACAAAAUAGAUCAUUAUUUCAUGCAGCAAGAAGUGUUGAACAAGCAAUUUUAGUAUGCAAAGAGUUAGGAGAUAUGAGGGAAGUACAACAUCUUGCUGAUAGAGCAUGUAACAUGUACCAAACACAUGGUAGUCCUGAUGCUGGAGCAUCUGUACUGGAAAAAGCUGCAAAAAUAUUGGAAGCAAAUUAUCCUGAAAUUGCUUUACAGUUAUAUCAACGUGCUGCAGAUGUAGUUUUGUUAGAAGAUAGUUCCAGUCAAGCUACGGAAUAUAUAAAUAAAAUCGGUCGUUUAAUGGUACGAUUACAAAUGUACGAUCAAGCAGCUGAUGCUCUCCGUCGUGAAAUAGGUCUACAACAACAAUUAGAACGAUAUAAUGCUACUGGUCGGCUGAUUGUUGCAUUAGUUUUAGUACAAUUAGCACGUGGUGAUGUUGUUGCAGCUGAGAAGGCAUUUAAAGAAUGGGGAAAUUGUUGUGAAGCACCCGAAGUACAAACUUUGGAGAGUCUUUUACAGGCCUACGAUGAUGAGGAUGCUGAAGCUGCUCAACAUGCAUUAAAUUCACCAUUUAUUAAACAUAUGGAUAUUGAAUAUGCAAAAUUAGCACGUACUUUACCUCUACCACAAGGUGAAAUAGCAAUUCCAAAAACUACUAGUGUUCGUGAAAAUGCUGCACCAUCAUAUGUUUCACCUCAUUCUGUGACUUCGGCUACGAUUGAAAGUGAUGGCGGUGCAAUAGCUUCUGGUUCAUCCGGCGACAAUGCUCAACAACCAGCGAGCGAUAACGAAGACGAAGAAGGUGGAUUAUGUUAAACUCUGAAUAUAGAAUUAAUUAUAUUCAAAAUAAAAAAAUAAAAAACCAAAAUUGAUUUUGUUGGGGUUAUGGCAUUGUUACAUUUUAAUA